UGCUCUCGCCUGGGGGUCUGUGAGCUUUAUUUGCGCUCCGCUUCCCUGUGAUGUGCUGCUGUCACUGGAUUAUAAACAUUAUAAACUCAGACAUGAUCGCAGCGACGGGCGGGAUCGAUUGUGGAAGCGCGUCCGAAUAUACAACGCGUUGGAUGAGAUUCUGCGUGUAGUUUCGGCAGGAUAAUGAAGAAGUGUAAUGGCUGUGAGCUCUUUUGAGUGGUGCCAUGACCAGUCAGGGUGAUGACCAUGAAGACAGACUAAACCCCCAAGCAUCAUCUUCUUCCUCUCGGCCCUCAGCUGCCCGUAAGCUGCAGGUCCAGCGCUCGCUCUCCCGGGACACCAUCACCAUACACUUCUCAGCCAAAGGACAUGAGGAAGAGGAGGAGGAAGAGGACCUUUAUAGGCUCGCGGUUUCCCCGUCUGGCCUUGAAACCGAAGAUCAGGGCGUAGUCACGGCUCAGGAGGCCAGCGAGGAGCUUCUCUCUGAAGGAUUGGGAGUGGACGUGGUUACAGGACUGGCUUCGCAAACACACAGUUCAGCGUUGGCGAUCACACACCCCUCCGUUAGCUUAGGUUCCUCGUCCACUUCUAGUCUUAUUAGCUUCUCAUGGCCUUCGGAACAAAGGUCGAGUGUACCGGUACCUUCCACGCAUUCGGUUUCAUCGACUUCAUCCCCAGCUAAAGCUUCUGCUUUACCUUCGAAGCCGUUCCUAAGCCUAGUCAAGUCUCUUUCCACUGAUGUGGAGGCACCCACUGUUCCCCCCCAAUCGAUAAGACACCGACAUUUAAUGAAAACCCUUGUUAAGUCUUUAUCCACGGACACUGCUCGACCCGAACAUGAGUCUUCCUCAGCUCAUCGCUCGCAGGAUUCACGCCUCAAUCUGCACCUUUUCAAACCGUUCACCCAAACUCGUGUUCCCGCGGUCACUGGCGACUCCAAAACCGCUCCCUCAUCCCCGUUAACCUCUCCCGAUAGCCGCUCCUUCUUUAAAGUUCAAGAGGUUGAGGCACGAAUCGAAGACACGAGGCGUCGUCUAUCCGAGGUCAUGUACGAGCCUCUCCAGCUUCUCAGCAAGAUAAUCGGCGAGGAAACCGGUAGCACGACCGCGGGAGUCUCUUAUCGGUCCAGAAACCUUUCGUCCAGCGCAACUGAACUCUCAAACUUGUCUGCUCUCAACGGCCACUCGGAAAGCAACAAUAACUACUGCAUUAAAGAAGAGGAAGACGUGGACGGGGAAAGUCCUCUCGAGGGGGCGAGUGUUGACUUGCCUCUUCACAGAUCGCCAUCUCUCGGAUUAAACCGAUGUAUCAUGUCGACUCUUGCUCGUCAGGAAGAUGAAGAGUUCUGCGAGCUCUACCCGGAAGACUUCGAGCUUUGUAAUGAGUUAGAUGGGGAAGAACCCCAGUCAUCUCAAGCCCGUCGAGGGAGUAGCGAGGAACCGACUGAAGGAGGCGAGGAAGACGAGGAGGAAGACGAGCCUCCAGGAGUUCCCCACAACGGAUUGAUUCUUCUGAUAGCGAUGGUUUACGGUUACUUUGUGUUGCCACUCCCUGCCUAUGUGUGUUGGGUGUUGACGGGAGUGGUGGCGGGGUUCAUGCUGGCGAUCCUGAUGGUGUGGUUGUCUGCGAGGCGAAGGCCUUCGUGGGGUCGUAACAGCAACUGGAACCGAAGAGAGAACUGGAACCGGGUUCCUCUGGAUAUCACCGAACCUGCCAUACACAAGGGUUGGAUGAACGAGAUCUACAGCUACGACCCGGAGACGUAUCACGCCACGCUCACACACUCAGUGUAUGUGCGUCUGGAGGGCUCGGUGCUGCGCCUGUCCAAACCCAACCGCAACGUCCCGCGCCGGGCCACCUUCAGCGAGCUCAAGCCCGACGUCUCCUACAUCAGCCAGAAGAUCUAUGAUCUCACCAACAGUAAAAUCUACCUGGUGCCCCAGAGCCUGGCCCGGAAAAGGGUGUGGAACAAGAAGUACCCCAUCUGCAUCGAGCUGGCCAAGCAGGACGACUUCAUGGCCAAAGCUCAGGGCGAGAGGAGCGAGGUGUCGGAGGAGAAGACCCCUGUCCUCGGAGAAAAGCCUGAGAGCGUGGCCGUCCCGGAGGAACCCAAGAGAGCGCACACUCAACCUGUGCUGUACCUGUUCGGGAGGACCGGGCGAGACAAGGAGGAGUGGUUCAGGAGGAUGCUGUUUGCCUCCAAACUGAAAUACGAAGCCAAGAAGCCCUCGGGCCUGCCGACAAGCGGUCUGUCUCAGAGUCGCAGCAGCAGUCGUUGCAGUCUGGAUGAAGUGCUCCAGUCUCAUCCCAGGCAAAAAGACCUCGGUGCCAGUGUCAAACAGAAGGUUCUGGAGUACAACGUCUACAUGGCCAAAUAUGUGAGCCAGUCCACCGGCAGCCCGGCCGCAAGCCCUGUCCAGAGCGCUGGAAACAGCCCGGGAACCGUCAAGAAGUUUCCAGAGAGUCGUGAGCAGGAGGCCGAGUCCGAGGCCUGGGUCAAUGCUCUUUUGGGUCGCAUCUUCUGGGACUUUCUUGGAGAGAAAUACUGGGCAGACGUGGUGUCCAAGAAGAUCCAGAAAAAGCUGAGUAAGAUCAGGCUCCCGUACUUCAUGAAUGAGCUGACCCUCACUGAGCUGGACAUGGGGAUAUCCAUUCCCAAGAUCCUCAGCUCCUCCAAACCAUCCGUAGAUCACAGAGGCCUUUGGUUUGACCUGGAGAUCUCGUACAACGGUUCGUUUCUCAUGACUCUUGAAACCAAGAUGAACCUGACCAGACUGGGAAAGGAGGGAGAAAGCUUAGGAGAACAGGGGAAAGAAGGACCCAGACCGCGCGCUUACUUCUUGGCCGACAGUGAUGAAGAGUCAUCGAGUGCGGGAUCCUCUGAUGAGGAAGAUGCUGCCGAAGUGCCUGAGAUUACAGGAGUGGAAGGUUAUGUUGGCGGACACCGAUCCAGCAAAAUCAUGCGCUUUGUGGACAAGAUUGCCAAGUCCAAGUAUUUCCAGAAAGCCACAGAGACGGAGUUCAUCAAGAAGAAGAUGGAGGAGGUGUCCAACACCCCGCUGGUGCUGACGGUGGAGGUCCAGGAGUGCCAGGGAACACUAGCGGUCAACAUCCCACCGCCUCCGACUGACCGCAUCUGGUAUGGUUUCAGAAAGCCUCCUCGUCUGGAACUGAAAGCUCGGCCUAAGCUGGGCGAGAGAGAGGUUACUUUUGCUCAUGUGACGGACUGGAUAGAGAAGAAACUAGAUCAGGAGUUUCAGAAAAUCUUUGUAAUGCCAAACAUGGAUGACGUCUGGCUGCCUAUCAUGCACUCUGCCAUGGACACGCGGUCCGACGCCAAUGCCUUGAAGGACGAGGACACCGCGGACCCCGAGGAAUCCCUUGAUGACAUGUGAAGAUGUGCUUCUGUGUAAAGCAGAAGAGAAACACUCAAGUCCCAUGAGGGCAAGACUAUACCUGACUUGGAAAUUACAGGUGCCAUAUUGCCCAUUGAACACAGCUGUGAAAAAUACCAACACAUCCAUAACUAAAAGAAAGGACAAAAUUGCUUGCUUGCUUGCUUUUGAUUUGAUUGGGACAGUCCCGAAUGCACAUGCUGUUGGCCCUCGAAAACAGGAUGAAAGAGGUUUUGGUGAUGCGUACAGGUGAAGUGACAUAGAAGGUCUGGGUAAAGUGUACUCUACCUCUGUUUGAUGCACGCUGACUUACCAAACGUCCCGGGGUCGCAUGGCACAACCUAAACUCUUAUCCUGUAAUAGCCUAAGGCCUGGUCAGCAGAU